GCAUACGCGUCCCCGGAGAUGCUUGCGCUAGUGCCGGGAGGCUGGUUCCUGAAGGCGGCCAAGACCACUUUACGCGGGUCAGGGUCGGCGCUGGCCGUGCACGCGCGUGCAAAAGCUGGACGCGUCAACCCGCUCCUUCUCCUCCACCAUCCCCCGAGUACAGCUUCCACACCACCUGGGCACCCAGUGUUCCUUCCUGUUGCAUAUCGUCGCGUCCCUCCCCAACAUGCCCGCUACAGUCCUCGGCAAGAGGACUCGUAGUUCCACCGUUACAACUUCAUUCGACGCGCCAUCUACGGUCUCAACACGCGCAAAACGGCGGGCGCAGUUCGUGAUUCUCGACGAAGGCGAGAAUGAAAACCCCUUUGUCACCCCGAGAAAGCAAAGCUGCUGUGCUGGUGAUGCGAUCGACGUGAAGCAGCCUUUUGGGAAGCGCGUGACGAGGGCCGCCACAACAGCUCCUGCAAAACACGCCACGCACAACGUACGCAUUCCCCUGUCGCCUACCAAAGCAAAUUCGCCAAAAAAGGCACCCGCUGCCUCUUCAGAGAAACCACCUUCAACUCCCUCGACCCCGCGGCAUCAAGAUGUUCUUGCUAGCAAAAUCGCCGUGACACCGAGACAUCGACUUGUUGGUGGUGGACGCCCAUUAACGCCGCGGACGCCUCAUACACCUACUGCUGCUGCCGCCGCCGCCGCCGCUGCUCCUCGAAAUGCUGCGCUUACCGUUUACAACGAUGCCCGUCAGCUGUUCGUCAGGGGUUCCGCGCCUGCUGCUCUCUUCGGUCGUGAGUCAGAGCGAGAUGAGCUCCAGUCAUUCAUCUCCUUGCGCAUCGGCAGUCACACGUCGGGCUGCAUGUAUAUAUCCGGCCCGCCCGGCACCGGCAAAAGCGCUUUCGUAAAUGAAGCUUGCCGUGAAAUCAUCACGAGCAAGCCCAUUAAGUCUGGCUAUGUCAACUGCAUGAGCGUGAAGACUCCAGUUGAUUUAUACCGAACAUUGCUCGAAGAAUUUGUGGACAUCACGCAGAUCGCGGAAGGCGAGGAGGUGGCUACUCUGGAGAAGAUCUUUAUGCAGCGCGACACGCCAUACUUGGUAACACUGGACGAAGUUGAUCACCUUCUGGAGCUUGACACCGACCUUCUCUACCGCAUUUUCGAGUGGUCGCUGCAUGAUGCUUCAAGCCUCGUUCUUGUCGGAAUUGCCAAUGCCCUGGACUUUACAGACCGGUUCCUGCCCCGCCUGAGGGCUUGGGGUAUGAGGCCCCGCCUUCUGCCGUUUCUCCCGUACACUGCGGCACAGAUCUCCUCUGUCAUCACGUCAAAAUUGAAAUCACUUGUACCCGACCAAACGGACUUCGUCCCAGUCCUCCACCCCAAUGCGAUCAUGUUCUUGUCCAAGAAGGUUGCAUCGCAAACAGGCGACUUGCGCAAGGCAUUUGACAUAUGUCGACGAGCGAUUGACUUAGUAGAAGCAGACACGCGCAAUCAUCUUGCGAGGAAGAUCGACGACAUCACACCAGCCCCGACUCCUUCGCCAGCUAGGACACCUUUAGUAGAGAACAUGAACUUAUCAUCGCCGGUCAUUCGAACGCCCACGAAAGCUAAAGCUAAAGGCGCACUAGCUACGUCUUUGAGCCACCUGACUGCCCUGGAUGCUCCCCGAGCUACGAUUGCAUACAUUGCUCGCAUCACCGCCACAGUGUUCAGCAACGGUGCGACCCAUCGUUUGAAGGAUCUCAACCUCCAACAGAAGGCCGUUCUCUGUUCUCUCUCAGCCUUGGAGAAGACGAGACGGACUUCGUCAGAAGAGAAUGUCUUUGACUCGUCUUCCAAGGCUCACAGCACCGCUCCCACUGUGAAAGAGCUCUUCGAAACCUAUACGGCUAUGUGUAAAAGCGAGCAAAAGCUCCACCCGCUCACGAGCACCGAGUUUCGGGACAUUGUGGGCGGCCUGGAAACACUUUCAUUGAUCUCGGCAGUAGAGGGUAAAGCGGGAUCGCUUGUUGCUGCGAACGCUCCCAGCAGCAAAUGCAAACUUGGUUUCGGCGGGGCUUCUACGGAGGAUCGAAGCAUUGCUAGCUGUCUCGAUGCGACGGAAUUAUUGGGUGGUCUUGUUGGACCGGCUGGCGAUAUUCUGAAGGGAAUACUUGGUGGCGUUGAAGCUACUUGUACAUACUGAGCGGCGGUGACGGAUAAUCUUGUUACGGCAUAGCGCAGCGCUUUGGGAUUGUAUAUUGGGGUUUGUUGCAUAGCCUUGCAUAGCGUCGUUCGUUUGGUGGUCGGAUGGUAUUGUAAGGAGCUCAGCGUAGAUUACAGGUUUGCAGUCAACGAGAGUAUUGCUAUCCCAUGCGAAUCUGGUGCAGUGUGGUACCUGGAGCUAAAGUUAGUAAGCGACACGGAAAGCCACGGCGUCACUGCAGGUGUCGCCCUGGUUCCAAGGCGGGAGCCCUGAAGGCUGCUC